AUGUCCACCACGGCUUCCACUCCGCCUCGGUCCAGACAAGGAGAUCGUCCAUACCGUCCGCCACCUUCGAGUAGCGCUCGCUUCUACGAGCGCCAACAACAGCGUUGGAUGCUUCCAGAGCCAGAUGCGCUUCCACACACGCCAGAACGACGGACGCCAGAACAACAGCAUGAGUCCAGCUCGAUUCACCCACUCUUGGCGUCGCCUACUCGAACACCUGCACGUCAUUCACCCGCGUCCACCGCUCUGGCCAGCCCACCUUCCGCCUCUCCAUCGCAUACAUGUUCAUCGAAUGGCCGAAUCCAUGACCUAGAAUCGCGUUCACCUUCGGGAUCAAAUGCUUCAGCUACUUCACGCCUGAGAGCUGCCAGCGUCAGCACACUGGCUCCACCUGAGCUAACGACACGUGCUCGCUCAGGCAGCGCAGGCAGUUUCACACGCAGUCGCAUAUCCAAUGGCUACCACUCUACCACGGACGAUGAGUUUGUCGAAAGAGUUUCUCCAGGGUCCAUGGGGGCACUUCCAUAUGAUCGCAGGGAGCGAAAAGGGCAUCUCGACAGCGCAGCGUUGGCCUCGCGGCCCUGUUACGAUCAUACUCUUUAUUCGCCUAAGGACAUGCCGCAGCAACCGUCCUUUCAGCACCACAAGCUCGAAGACUCUGGCGACGCUGACUGGGAUGCAGAGCUCGGCAUUUCUGAAGCCGACCAUGCAGAACCUUUGCGUUUGCCCGCAUUGCAACAAACGGAGGCGGCGUCGAAUAUGUCAGAGCCCAUCGCUGACGCUCCAUCAGCUUCUGUCACAGCAAACAACAGCCUCAGCAAUCUGGCUUCGAUGCAGGGGCAGACUCAUAUACAAAGCAUCAACACCGCCGACCUCAGAGGCCUCCGUGUGACCUCAGCCGUCAGCGAAAACUGGGACGACGACUUCCUCUUCCAGAAUGACGAUGACUCGACCAAUCAUGACCAGCACGUCAGUCGUAGCAGUCAGCCGAAAAGAACAGGAGAGACUUGGAGCCCAGCAGACACAUCUGUCUCUAGAGCAUUGCACUCAUCCGCCAAGCAGAACGCAGAUAGCGACGAAGAAGUGGAGAACUGGGACGAUGCAUUCUCGUGGAACGCAGAUUCGAUGAUCUUGCCAUCCAACUCGACAUCUUCGUCAUUGUACGGCUUGAUGACGCGGUCAGACGUCCAAGCGGGUGGCACGCCCGCAUCGGACUCGCGCGCAAACAGAGGCUUGCCGGCAGAUCGGUCACAGAGUCCAAGCCGACAUGUCGACUUUCAGCACGGACGAGCCACAACCAGCGCCACGGACCGUCUCUCUGACCUUUCGUCAACGAGUCACAUCACAGACUUGUCAGCCUUUUUGGCUUCCCAGUCCGACCUGGAAUCGUCCCGACCGAGGCUAUCUCAUGAAGGCGAUGUCCUCAUUGCUCCCGGCUCUCCGCGUUCAAGGCAACACCGCGCACUCGGACCCGUCGGCAGCUUGCAGAGGGAAGUUCGUACCCUGCGUGGUCGCAGCGAUGGCAGCGGGGACGACACCGAGACUGAGACACCAGUCCAUGAAGCUGUUGCAACCGUUUCGGCGCGCCCGGCUCGCCGAUCGUUGGGCUCAGCGCUUGGCUUCGACGUUCGCCGCAAAGGCGUCACAAAAGAAACCCCAUCAAGCAAGGCAUCUCCGUCGCGCGCUGCGCCCCGGAAUCAGGACGAGACGAAUGCCGCAGGAGUAAAAUACCAUGCCGGGCCUCAGUCCAAGUCGAAGCUUGGCGCAUUGCAGAGAUUCAGCUUUUCUCGCUCUCGUCUCAGUGUCGCCAACAUGUCCAGCAGCAGCAUCAACGAAGUGCCCGAAGUGGAUGACGGUAUGCAGCAACUUUAUCUCGGCCACGCCAAUCAGAGUCAGGCAUCCAUCGUAAGCCGCACGUCCACUUCCUCGAACCGCUCUCGUCGCCGUUCCAGUCCUUCCAGUCUGGAGAAGAGCUACACCGCGCUCCGCAGCACCAGCUUUCGGCGAAUGCUUGGACGUGGCGAGAAGAAAAUGGGGAUCACCGGCCCUUCCGCUUCUCCCACGCGUGUUCCUACGCCGCUGUCGCCACCGCGGCGCGGAGCCGACCUUUCCCAAGCCACACUGCCCAUCGUGAGCCCUCCGAGAGACGUUCCAUCCAAACACGCAAUCGAACAAUCGACUUCACCGCCAUCUGUCUGGGCAGAGCUUCGUCGCUCGCUCGAAGUAACACCAACACGGAACAGUGAUCGGAAGAACCGAACAGGAGGUUCCAACUUCCAGCGAGAUUCACAGGGAGGAACUUUAUCUGCACAAUCUGGCAGCCCGCGCAUUUCUUUCGUGGACCUGACGCUUGAUGCCACGCGCGACAGAACAUCGAUGCCGCCCCUUCAGCUCCCGGUUGAGGGAUUCAGCCCAAGUCCGGGUCGGCUGCCUCGCGUUUUGGGAUCUCAAGUCGAAGCGCCCGCCCGCAACGUUGGUCUGCGACGUGACUUCUCCAGCUCUAACACGUUGCGUGCCGGUCCUGCCUCAAUACCCGGCCUCGCAUCGACACCGAGCCAGGUUGGAUCGUCGAAGGACGUCUCAAAGGCUCCACAUUCAUUUGGCGGCGAGAAAAUGCUGAGAGGCCAGGACGGACGCAGCUCGGCGGGAAGGUCAGUGUCGGCGUCCACCGCUCACAGUCAAACCAGCACCGAAUCACUGUACGGAUUUCGCAUGCGAAAGCAGUUUUCAGUGUCGAGUGGAGCCGACGCUCUUGACUCGGAGACCUCGUACGGCACGAGCGUCGGCAGCUCUCCCGGAUUCACCCGCCACAGGUCUUCGGCAUCUUACUGUAAGGCUGACGCUUCCACCGCAAGUGCCCUCGAGGAUUCGACAUGGCUGACUUCCGCUGAUGUAGCAGACGAGCACGGCUCAUCAUCAAAGCGCGAUGUUCCCUAUAAUCGGUCCGGUAGCAUGCAAGAAUCACCAAUCGCACCGCCACAAACGCUCAAUGGGGCCCCCUCAGUUCCGCAUCUACCAGAAGCUCGGAAGCAGCAUACUCCUGACACGUCCUUCUCCCUCUCCCAGGACUAUCAGCCGACGCAUACAACCCUCGUGCGGCCAGACGCGCCGCCCGCGAUUCAUAGCCGAGGAUCAGGAAGCACUGUGGAGCAAUACCCAGGCCAACCACGCGAACCGAUCGCGAAUUCGAGCGUCGCGAGCGCGUCUUCGUCCGGCCAAGCUAUGACAUCGACCGCGGCUUCCUCGUCGCCAAGAAGGAGCGCUAGCCGUCGCAACAGCCUGAGCGAUCUCAAGAUUCCGAGCCGCAUCAGCAAGGCACAGACAGGUAUUCGCAACAACAUGAACCUGGUACGCGAUUUUGCCAAGGGCAUCGAGGAGCUGAAGGUUCUCAAAGCAAGCUACAUGGAUCACAAGAUGAGGACUCAGCUUGUGAGCUCGGAUGUCGAAGAAAAAGUUCGAAACUGGCUCGAGUGCGCCGACGUACUCAUCGGACUUGGAGAAGGGCGCACCGAAUCCGACUCGACCGCAAGGGUCGAUACCGUGUCUCAUACUCCUCUCUCCGGACAGGUCGCCGGCCGGCGCACGACAUUUUCUAAUGCCUCCGAGCGCGCAGGACCCGCAUCGCCAUUGGACGACGUGGCGUCGCGAGCAAUGCUGUCAUCUGGUGCAAGAAGCAUCAGCGGCACCAGUCAGGGAACGUCCUCCACUGUCGACGAUGGGCGAAGCGUCGAGGUGCACCGGGAGAUCGACAUCCUGUCGACCAUCUUGGGCGGUCAGACACUGUCUGCAGCUCCUCCUGGUGCGCCUCGGUCGCACGCCCGAUUUCAGUCAGAGACAUAUUCUCGUGAUGAUCUCCUGUAUCGAAACACCGCUUACUCGAUAGCAUCUUCGCGAGCACAUGCUAUAGCUUCUCGGGCAUCUUUGGUAGAAGAGACGAAGUCGGGAUUACCCGGUUGGGAGACUUCCGACGAGCUGCAGAGCCGCACAGAGGGCCGAAGCAAGACAACGGACCGACCGUACAACACUGCUCCGGUCCUCAGCGGCCCGAACGUAGCUCUUGGAGAAGUUAUUGCGUCUGACGGUGUCGAUGUUGGCGACGUCAACCGCAGCGCAAAACGUCGACUUCGAAGGGCAAGUCGGGCCGGACUUCAAGGUCUCAGGGAGCUUCUCAAAGUGUUCAAAGGCACUUCCGCGGACGGGGAAGGCGCUGACACUUCCAAAUCGACUGGUAUCGCUGAGCUGGGUGCUGUUGCACAUGACAUCCAGCAGCCAGCUAGAGUGUCGAUCGACGGACGUCCAUCGACGCCGACAGCAUCAAAGCAGAAGCGCAAAUCACUCAAUCUGAAGCGACGUUCAUUCCUUCGCUCCAGGACGUCGUUGGACAGUGUCUCUGCGAAAGGUGCGGAGGCGUUGACGGCAGCAGAGGUCACGCCGCCUUUGCCAUUGUCUCCAGAGGAGGUGGGUACCAUGCAGCCAUCAUCUCACAAGAUCGACCGUCGAAAGCCAGAGCCGUCCCCGGCCAAGUCGUCGCUCAACACCACGUGGGAAGCAGAAUCCGCCGAUCAUUCUCGAGAGGCAAUUGAGCCCAAACGGCCCGCGUCGGCAGCAAAGAAGGAGAUAAGACGUAUCUCGUUCCAGUCAGCGCUUGGUGGCGGCAAUGCGAAGCGUCAAUCUGUCGACUUGCCAGCAGUGGGCCAGCUGGGCUCAAGGCCGAUCGACGCUCUAAGUCGACAAUCCUUGGAUGCACGACCGGGCCAGCCGGAGCCUCCCUCGGUCCAACAAUAUCCGCCAAAGCACCGCCGUCCAAGUCUGGCGGCUCGACCCGCCGGAUCCGCUCCCUUCUCCCCUCCUGACCCACGCCGUGCAAGCACGUCCGUCGACACGCUCCACCUACACAAUCAGUACGCGCUUCAACAACGUGCACCGCCACGCACCGCGCCGAGCCGUUCGUACAGCUCGACGGAAUCGGAUGCCCCGGUAGUGCAGAAGCUAGCGUUGCGACCGGAGGCCAUGCCAGGACUGCUGGUGUACGUGCAAGCGACGAAGCAGCAUUUGCAAGCGGCUAUUGACGAGAUCAAUCCGACGGUUGCGAAGCCCUCGCCUGUGCGUGAGAGGGCCAUCUAG